GGACAAGUCGCUUCCAUGGUGCCCCCGGCGGUGCUGCUGCUCUGGGCGGUGCUGGCGCUGCUCGGGGCGGGCGGUGGCCGAGCCUCGCAGCAGGAAGAAAAACUGCUGGUUCUGACUGUUGCCACCAAGCAGAAUGAAGGAUUCCAGCGGUUCAGAAGAUCAGCCCAGUUCUUCAACUAUAAACUCCAGGUGCUGGGGCUGGAUGAGGAGUGGCAGGGUGGAGAUGACCAGCAGCCAGCUGGAGGUGGGCAGAAGGUCCGUCUCCUGAAGUCAGCUCUGAAGCAGUAUGAGGAUAAGGAGGACUUGAUCAUCCUUUUUGUAGAAAGCUAUGAUGUGCUCUUUGCUUCGGGCCCCACAGAACUGCUGAAGAAGUUCAAACAAGCCAAGAGCAAGGUGAUUUUCUCAGCAGAGAAUUACAUCUAUCCUGACAGAAAGUUGGAAGCCAAGUAUCCUCAGGUGCGAGAUGGAAAGCGCUUCCUGGGUUCUGGAGGCUUCAUAGGUUAUGCUCCAAACCUGAAGAAGCUUGUGGAGGAAUGGAAAGGACAGGAUGAUGACAGUGACCAGCUCUUCUACACAAAUAUCUUCUUGGAUCCAGAAAAAAGAGGAAGUAUCAACAUCAGUCUAGACCACAGAAGCCGGAUCUUCCAAAACCUAAAUGGAGCAUUAGAUGAGAUAGUACUGAAGUUUGAAAACUCACGAGUGAGAGCAAGAAACUUGUUAUAUGACACUCUGCCUGUGGUGAUCCAUGGAAAUGGACCUACCAAGCUGCAGCUGAACUACCUGGGAAACUACAUUCCUCAAAUAUGGACAUUUGAGACUGGCUGCACGGUGUGUGAUGAAGGUCUGCGAAGCCUUGUGGGGUUUAAGGAUGAGGCACUGCCAAUGAUUCUGAUUGGCAUUUUCAUUGAGCAGCCCACGCCAUUCCUCUCACAGUUUUUCCUGAGGCUUCGUAACCUUCGUUACCCAAAGCAACGAAUCCAGCUCUUCAUUCACAACCAUGAUGAACAUCACUUAAUGGAGGUGGAUUCUUUUGUAGAAGAGCAUGGCAAAGAAUAUCUCACUGUCAAGGUGAUUGGACCAGAAGAUGAGGUGGAGAAUGCUGAGGCACGUAACUUGGGCAUGGAUUUGUGCAGGAAGGAUCCUGACUGCGACUAUUACUUUAGCCUGGAUGCUGAGGUAGUUCUGAAGAACACAGAGACUCUGAGGCUUCUGAUUGAACAAAACAAGCUGGUGAUUGCUCCCCUGGUGAGCCGUCACGAGAAGCUGUGGUCCAAUUUCUGGGGAGCACUGAGCCCUGAUGGAUACUACGCCCGCUCAGAAGAUUAUGUGGAUAUUGUUCAGAGGCGCAGAGUUGGGCUUUGGAAUGUUCCCUACAUCAGCAGUGUUUACAUGGUUAAAGCCAAGGCUCUGCGCUCGGAGCUUGACCAGGGAGAUCUGUUCCACAGUGGCAAGCUGGAUGCUGACAUGGCUUUCUGCCACAACGUUCGGAACCAGGGAGUCUUUAUGUACCUGACAAACCAGCAUCAGUUUGGACACAUACUGUCCCUGGAGAAUUACCAGACAAGUCACCUCCACAAUGACCUCUGGCAAAUAUUCAGCAAUCCUGAGGACUGGAGAGAAAAGUACAUCCAUGAAAACUACACAGCAGCUCUGAAAGGGAAAUUGGUAGAAAUGCCCUGCCCAGAUGUUUACUGGUUCCCCAUAUUCACUGACACUGCCUGUGAUGAGCUGGUGGAAGAAAUGGAACAUUAUGGCCAGUGGUCCACAGGUGACAACACGGACAGCAGAAUACAAGGAGGAUAUGAGAAUGUCCCAACUAUUGACAUACACAUGAACCAAAUUGGCUUUGAAAGAGAAUGGUAUAAGUUUCUUCUGGACUAUAUUGCACCCAUCACAGAGAAACUGUACCCAGGGUACUACACUAAGACCCAGUUUGAACUGGCCUUUGUGGUUCGUUACAAACCUGAUGAGCAGCCAUCCCUAAUGCCCCACCACGACGCAUCCACCUUCACCAUCAACAUUGCCUUGAACAGAGUUGGCAUCGACUAUGAGGGAGGAGGCUGCCGCUUCCUACGCUACAACUGCUCUAUUCGAGCUCCAAGGAAAGGCUGGACCCUUAUGCAUCCAGGACGUCUGACCCACUACCAUGAAGGUCUUCCAACCACCAAAGGAACCCGCUACAUUGCAGUGUCCUUUCUUGACCCCUAG